UGAUUACAGAUAUGUUGACUUUUUUCAUUGUUUAUGCAUGCUUAGUGUCAAAUGUAGUCGACAGCAAGGUGGUAGUCAGAGCUAGAUGCUACCGUUCAAUGAGGAAAAACGAGGAACCCCACACACUGGAGGUUAUAUGUAAUCUGCCGGUUGGCUUAUGAUUGCAGAUUAGCUAUCAUUGUUCUGAUAGCAAGUUCUAUUAUUUUUAAUAUAACUGCUGUUGCAGUUUUUAAGUGUUCUGGUGUAACAUACGUAGCUUUUGCGGUUGCAGGCUAAUGAAUUUUACAGUGUUGACACUAGAACUACCGAGACGGUCAUUUUGACUGCUAUAUUUGCAAUUGAAUAAUUUAGUUUAAAUUAAAAACACACAUAUCUAUAAAUCUCAGGCUUUCAUUAAAUAUGAGAACGAGUCUGAAUGACUGGUAUGGCAUUUCAAGUAGUUAGACAAUUCUGGUAGUUCCGGUGUUAAUACAACAGCAUUUUUUCAGUGUUGAAUAUUGUUAAUGACUUGUAGUUUUAAAGAACUUUUGUGUUCUUUUUUACAGAUGUUUUUGGAGUCUCAUGGAGAGCCUAGUGUCACUGCUUAUGCAUGUAGUUGUGCAGCUGGCAAAGGGUUAUGUAACCAUCUAACAGCUCUGUUGUAUCAAACAGCCCACUAUGUGCAGCUUCAUCUAAAAUCUGUCCCACCAACAGUGGCUUGCACAAGUGAACAACAGAGAUGGCAUCGUCCAAGGACACAGGGUGUCAGUCCAGAGGCAGUGAGUCAACUUGUAGUUCAGAAACCAUGUUCUUUGGGGAAGACAGGAGUAAAGUCUACGCUGUACAAAGCUCACACAGGUCCACUUCCAGAUCCACACGUCCUGGCUUCUGGAGCAAAACUAAACCAGAUUGACCCAAAACCUUUGUUGGCUCAUAUACUUGGAGGCAUGUCAGAAAUGGAGUUGGUCAGCUCGCAGUUUGGUCCAUUACCCCGGGGCAGUCCUCUUUCAUACCACUAUCCUCUCACAGCUGCUGAUCAACCUACAGUUGAUUUCCCCAACCUGCCAGUGUGUGGCAGUCAGUUUAGUACAAACCUAAAUUUUGUUCCCACUCACCACCAAUCUUUUCAUUUGCAGUCAAUACAAGUGUCACACAUCUUAUCCGGUCAGAUUGAGCACAAUACUCGACUACAGUCAAAUUGUGCUGCCUGGGCACAUGCGCGUCAACCAAGAGUCACCGCAAGCAGGUUUAGAGAAGUCUGCUAUGUGGUUGGUGAAUCUGCUAGCCAGUCAUUAGCAGCACGUAUACUAAAAGGCACAAAGCACACAAGUGCUAUGAAACGUGGACUUGAACUUGAACCAGAAAUUUUGAAACAAUAUUCUGAAACAAAGAGGGUUACGGUUUUACCUUGUGGCUUUGUUGUUCACCCAGAUGCACCACAUCUAGGUGCCAGUCCAGAUGGGAGAGUAUAUGAUCCAUCUGAAAUCUUCCCAUUUGGUCUAGUGGAAGUAAAAGCUACAUCUGCUGAAAGUAUAGGCCAGGCUUCAUUUAUUAAAAUGCAAAAGGGCCAAGCCAAACUCAAAGAAACACACAAAUACUAUUGGCAGGUUCAAGGCCAGCUUGCCGUAACUGGUCUGCAGUGGUGUGACUUUGUGACUGACACACAGUCAGACAUAACCAUCCAGAGGAUUUGGCGAGAUGAUGUCUUUAUAACAUCAAUGAAGGAGAAGUUGGACAUGUAUUACUAUUAUGUAUAUAUGGACAAGUAUCUAUCUAUGGUUUAAGCAUUGCUGUAGUAAAGGGUUAAUUCACACAAAAUUUAUAAUUUUAAUUACUCACCUUGAUACUUGCACUUGUGAGCUAACCCUUUAAAAUUGCUACCACGGUAUGUAUAUAUGUAUAGUAAUUAAUUUUAUAUUGUUUUACAACUAAACUACUAUUAUAAUUGUAAAAAUUUCAUGUUGUAUCAGUUCAGGUUUACAAUUCUGUAUUAUAUCUGAAACUAACAAUAAAAUGUGUCAAAUAACAACUGGACAACAGAA